AUGUUCAGUGAGACCCAGGAUCUCCCUGACCUACCUCCACACCUCAUUCCAGAGACAAACGGUCUCGUAGGCCAGGCUCUCCGGGUAAUUCAGGGAAUACCCGCUUGUGUUUGGGUAGUCAACGAGCACACCGAGGCCAUCGCCGUUGUAGUUUCUCAAUACCGGCCAUCCCGCCUAUGGACUGAUGCUGGUCUAAAUGCCUCGACUACAGGGGUCGGUUUUGAUCUGUCCACUACAACGUUUACGCCUCCUGCGACGCGGAAAACGCUUGCCCCCGCAGCACCAGCCCCGAAGCAGUCCAUAGCUACGUUCCCGCUGUGGACUCGGCGCGACGGAUUCGGGGUUAUCACCGUGUUUGUGGGUGCGACGCAGACGCUAUAUAUCGAAAAUGAUCGUAUCCCGAUCGGAGCCACGACCUACUUCCGAAACGAACCUGAUUUGCAUAUCCAGGAGUAUGGUAGCGACUGA